UUCUUUAGAGGUUCAUUACUCCAAAGAAGGCUUCUCUAGCUCUAUCUUUCGACAUUUGUUCUUGAUAAGAGUUCUAGACAUCUAAGAUAAAAUGUCUCUGGCCCAUAUCAACACUGAUGAUGUUGAGGUGAAGAAGGAGAACAAUACAACUUGUGUUCUAGGAGAAGGUGCUCUGGACAAGGCCAUUGAAGUGAUAGAGACCUAUGAUCUUCCUGGUGGGCUUCUGCCAUUGGAAAAUGUUUAUGAAGCAGGGAUCAAUGAGGAUACUGGUGAUGUUUGGAUAAAGAUGAAGGCUGAGGUGAAACACCACUUCAAGAAGGCUGAUAAGAAUGUUCAGUAUUCACCAGAUAUAUCAUGCAAGAUGGAGAAGAAAAAGAUGAUGAAUAUCAAGGGUGUCAAGGCCAAGGAUAUGCUGGUGUGGGUCCCUGUGAAUGAGAUCUAUGUGGAUGAUAAUACUCCUCCUAAGAUUCACUUCAAAAGCAUUGCUGGGCUUUCAAGGACCUUCCCUGCUGAGUACUAUGCCAGAGGGGAAUAGAUUUCAACUGAACUGCUUGGUUGGCCGAUUUCACUACUAGUUUCCUCUUUUAAUUGUUGUCAUCUCUUCCUCCUCUUCUUGUUGUGACGUUUUCUUUCUUCUGCUUGGAAUAAGUCGAAUGCUAGCCAUUCUCGUACCUUGUAAUAAGUUUAUUCGUUUUCUGUCUGUGCUUUAGUAAUUGUCUUAGUGUUUGCUCUUGAAUGAUGUUUUUUCAUUCAGAGUUCAGUCCGGUCAUGCAGAGUGUUAUUCUUCUCAAUAAAAACCCUAAUUGUCUUAUUCAAUA